UCUUCGGUCGGGGGCUCCAGGCACACGGGACGCCGCUGCGCAACCGCUGGGUUGCAGGGCCAUGGGUCUCAGUCCUGCCUCGACCCACCGCGAGCCCGCCCAAUCUGCCGCUUGACUGGAGGCCCAGGUGGCCACCAUGGGCCAGUGCUACUACAAUGAGACCAUCGGCUUUUUCUAUAAUAACAGCGGCAAGGAGCUCAGCCUUCACUGGCGCCCCAAAGAUGUGGUGGUGGUGGCCCUGGGGCUGACAGUCAGUGUGCUGGUAUUGCUGACCAACCUGCUGGUUAUUGCAGCCAUUGCCUCCAACCGACGCUUCCACCAGCCCAUAUACUACCUGCUUGGCAACUUGGCUGCAGCUGACCUCUUUGCUGGCAUGGCCUACCUCUUCCUCAUGUUCCAUACUGGCCCCCGCACCGCCAGGCUCUCCAUCAAAGGCUGGUUCCUGCGACAGGGCCUGCUGGACACCAGCCUCACGGCAUCGGUGGCCACGUUGCUGGCCAUUGCUGUGGAACGGCACCGCAGUGUGAUGGCUGUGCAGCUGCACAGCCGCUUGCCCCGGGGCCGUGUGGUCACACUCAUCGUGGGAGUGUGGGUGGCUGCGCUGGGUCUGGGGUUGCUGCCUGCACACUUCUGGCACUGCCUCUGUGACUUGGACAGCUGCUCACGAAUGGUGCCCCUGUUCAGCCGCUCCUACCUGGCUGUGUGGGCCCUAUCCAGCCUGCUUGUCUUCCUACUCAUGGUAGCCGUCUACACACGAAUUUUCUUCUAUGUGCGCAGACGGGUGGAACGCAUGGCGGAGCACGUCAGCUGCCAUCCCCGCUACCGAGAGACAAUGCUCAGCCUAGUCAAGACGGUUGUCAUCAUUCUGGGGGCAUUUGUGGUGUGCUGGACACCGGGCCAGGUGGUGCUGCUCUUGGACGGUCUGGACUGUAAAUCCUGCAACGUUCUGGCUGUGGAGAAGUACUUCCUGCUCCUGGCCGAGGCCAACUCCCUGGUCAACGCGGUGGUGUACUCGUGCCGAGACGCUGAGAUGCGCCGUACCUUCCGCCGCCUUCUCUGUUGCACAUGUCUCCGCUGGUCGCACCACAAGUCUGCCCGUUAUUCAUCGUCUGCCCGGACGGGUGCCAGCACCCGGAUCAUGCUUCCCGAGAAUGGCCACCCACUGAUGGACUCCACCCUUUAGUACCUUGGACCGAGGCAGGAGGCAGGAGCUUCAGCGGCAGCCCACGGCCACUCACAGAGCCCCUGAGUCAAGCCCGCCCAGCAGAUGCAUGGCUCUGCCUCAGGACACAGGGAUUCGGGGACAUCUCCAUGCACCUGGGGAGAGCAUCCAAAUGGGACUUGGCAAUCCGGCUCUCAAUCAUCUCAGGUUUUAGGGUUUUUAACAGACAUUUUCAUAUUUUUACUGUACAUCUCUGGCACGUCUGUGGACUGCUGCUUCCUCCGUGGUGCUGUAGCUGUUGGGAUAGAAGAGGUGAGAGCUGUCUCAGGUUAAUACCACCCACUGUUACAGGGUAGACUGAAGGCUACUGUCUUCCUGAGGCUACUGCCUUCCUGAGGCUACUGCCUUCCUGAGGCUACUGCCUUCCUGAGGCUACUUUCUGUUGUUCUGUUUUGCUUUUGAGACAGGAUCUCAUAUAGCCUAUGCUGGCCUUGAAUUCACUGUGUAACUGAGGAUGGCCUUGAACUCUUGAUGGUCCAGACUCCACUCUCAAGUGCUGUACGGAAGCUGAUUGCUCAGAAGCACUGAGCAACCUGAGGGCUCACCUGCCUCCCCUUAGUGCGAGGGACCCGCAAUACAGAGCAAG